AAACUUGGCAUAUGAGCCUGUCCAGACGGAGCGUUUUGCGCGCGUAAGCUCUCGCGCGUUUCAAUUUAUGUUGCGUCCAGAUGCUGCGUUUUACGCGCGUUGCUACGCGCGGUGUCUGGCGGACGGAUUCAGCCAGUUUUAAAAAUGGAGCCUCUCACAGCGGUUGUGUUGUGGCUUGCGUACCGUCGAUGGAAACGUCGUAAACGUAGAGAAAGUCGAAGAUUUAACGUGCAUCCAAUUCUACGAGACAGAAUGACGCAAAGUAUGUUUAUAACAUUAUACCCAAAGCUGAGAGAACACAACGAAAAGUUUUUCAAUUACUUCCGGAUGUCAGUAACAUCGUUCGAUGAUUUGCUAAAACUUAUACAAGAUGAUUUGACACCCAACAGAAUCUAUGUGCUAAAGGAUACUGUUUCUGCCGAAGAAAAACUCGUGAUUACUUUGAGAUAUUUGGCUACAGGAUGUUAUUUUGCGGACUUGCAUUAUGCCUACAGAUUGGGAAAGUCGACAAUUAUCGAAAUAGUACAGAAAACUUGUUACGUCAUAUGGCUAAAACUGCAAAAUAUAGUGAUGAGGGAACCUACGAAAGCAGAAUGGGAAGAGAUUUCAAAACAAUUCCAAAAGUAUACACAUUUUCCAAAUUGUAUCGGCGCCGUAGAUGGCAAGCAUUUCCGUAUCAUAAAGCCUGACCAUUCUGGGUCUCUUUUCUAUAACUAUAAGAAUUAUUUUUCAACUGUUUUAUUGGCUGUAUGCGAUGCAAAUUAUUGUUUUAUUUCUGUAGAUAUCGGCGCAUAUGGCAAAAGUAGUGACUCCACAAUUUUCAAAGACUCCGUUUUGUAUAAAAAACUUGUCGACAAAACUUUAGAUAUUCCAGACCCAAAGCCAAUAUCGCAAACAGAUACAACUCCCUUGCCACACGUGAUUGUAGGUGAUGAGGCGUUUGGUCUAUCUGAAAACGUAAUGCGCCCUUAUUGCGGUAAAUCUCUAACAACCAAAAAAAGAAUUUUCAACUAUCGCCUAUCCAGAGCCCGGCGUUACAUUGAAUGUUCCUUUGGUAUUUUGGUAAAUAAAUGGAGAAUAUUUCAUAGACCAUUAAAUGUUGACAUUGAGUUUGCAGAAAACAUCAUUAAAGCUUGUUGUGUCCUUCAUAAUUACGUAAGGUUAAGAGAUGGUUAUAGAUAUGAUGACACUCUGUACGAAACUUCCCUAAAUAGUUUGAACUGUGAGGCAGUGAGGCCUAAUGCGAGAUCUAAGAAUAUAAGAGACAGAUUCGCUGAUUAUUUUGUAAAUGAAGGGAAAAUCCCUUGGCAAGACAAGAUGGUAUAGUAGUUUGUAGUAGCCUACGUAGUUUAAGAAAUAAUCUUAUUAAAUAAAGUAAUUGUCACUUA